GGCGAUCCUAAUGCAAUGACAACAUCAACAUGCCACGGCAGACCCCCGACCCCGACUCGAGCCAGAUCGAUGCCCCUCUCCCAACUGGCGCUCCCAACCCCGAGGCACCCUCACCUUGCUUAGAUGAUGUGGAAACGAAAGGCCAUGAUGGCGUUAGGAGUUCCUCUGAGGACGGUAACAGCGGUGAUCACAAGCUCGAAUACGCGACCCCCGUCCGCUUGAUCAUCAUCAUGUGUACUUUGAAUCUGAGCACUCUCAUCGCGGCGUUGGAUCUCGGUAUUGUUGCCACCGCAAUUCCUCAGAUCACCAGCGAAUUUCACGCGCUGGACCACAUCGGCUGGUACAGCGGCGCAUGUUUCCUUCUCGUCGCCACAACAUCCGCCCCCUGGGGCAAGAUGUACAAAUUUUUCUCAGCGCAGUACACCUACAUCACGGCGCUUGCCCUGUAUCUAGUCGGAAGCAUCGUGGCGGCGGCCGCCCCGAAUAGCAUUGCGCUCAUCGUUGGCCGCGCCAUCCAGGGAUGGGGAUGUGCCGGCACGCUCGGUGGCUCCAUCUUGAUCAUCAACUUCACGGCCGAACCCAAGGCCCGUCCCAUGCUGAUUGGCCUGUGGAUGGGCGUGUUUAUGAUUGCUACUACCAUUGGGCCUCUCAUGGGCGGGGUGUUUACCAGCGAAAUCACCUGGCGCUGGUGUUUCUGGAUUAACCUGCCGGUGGGUGGCACGGCCAUCGUGCUGCAGUUCCUCUUCUUGCGAAUGCCAAAACAUGUCAAACCAACUUCUGCCGCGUGGAAGGAAAUCCUCCGCCACCUAGAUCUCCCCGGUUGGACCUUGUUGCUCACUUCGGUUGUCUGCUUCCUCCUGGCCAUGGAAUGGGGGGGCCUGGGCAAACCAUGGAGUAGCGGCUCAGUGAUUGCAACCUUGGUCGUUUGGAUCCUGUUGACCAUUGCCUUUUUCGUUAUUGAGUGGUUUCAGGGUGACUAUGCUAUUAUGCCCCUGCGAAUGCUCAAGCCCCGUAUGACAUGGUCGAAUCUCCUGUAUGCGUGGAUCGCGAACCUGGCCAACUUCCAAAUUUUAUUUUACCUCCCCAUCUAUUUCCAGUCGAUUCACGGGAUGUCUGCCAUCAAAAGUGGCGUUAACAGCAUUCCAUUCAUGGCUUUCUAUACCUGUGGAGCCCUGCUUAGUGGGGUUCUGGUUGGCAAGACACGCCACUUGCAGCCAUUCCAGCUGGUUAGCGGCCUAAUUGCCAUCCUGGGCGCCGCACUAAUCUACCGCAUCGGAGCUGACGCAUCCAAGGCGUGGUAUAUUGGCGCCCAGAUUCCUUUUGGUUUCGGAAUCGGUCUUGGAAACCAGGUUCCCAUCACCGCGCUGCAGGGCUUCGCCAAGCCGGAAACUGUGGCGGCAACCAUGGGGGUUGCUUUUAUGUGUCAAUCCAUCAGCGGUGCCUACUUUGUUGCGGCCGGGAAUUCACUCUUCAACAACUACCUGCUGAAACGACUGGCCACCACUGCCCCUCAUCUGAAUCCGCAGACGAUUCUUGCCAUCGGGGUGUCCGAGCUCCAGAAUGCCUUCAAGGGUGAGGAGCUGGCCUUGGUCCGCGAUGCAUAUAUGGUUGGGAUCAGGAAUGUCUUUGCCUUCGCUUUGGCCGGUGCAGCACUGACGGUUGUGUUGGCGUUGUUGGUUCCCUUCAAGAAACUGCCUUCUCAUGACGAUAAGAGGGCAGAGGAUAAGGCUGCAGCUCGGGUGGUUGAAUCGCAAAAAUUGCAGGCCUAA